AUGCGGGCUUCAACUCUAUCCACCGCCCUCUUGGCUCUAAUGCCUCUCGGUGUCCUCUCCGCAGCCGUGGCCAAGGAGGCCUCACCUCGGGAGGUGAUCAUCGAAGAGGUCCAGGAAGGUGGUGUUCUUUUCCGAGCCUACGCUCCGGACAAUGUAACCGACGCCCCUGAGCAGGCACCCAAACUUGAGAAGCGAGGCUGCAACACUGGCGCAAACUUCCCCUCCAACGAUGCGAUCAAACUGAAAAACAACCUGCAAAAUAGCAACCCUGACCAACUGUCCUAUCUCCCUGCUCGAACCAUCCUUGAAUGGUCUCUCGGCGACGCCAAGAUCUGUGUCUUCAACCAAUAUUUCUUCGACAAUACUCACAUCAAGCGAUGGGAAGCAGGAUGGGUCACUGGUUAUAUUAAGGACUCUUGCUGUGGUGGCAACUCUCAGUGCUAUGGUGGUACUGGCACCUGCCAUGGUGAUAGUGGGCUGUCACUUGCAGCUACCUUGCUCCAUUCGGCCCGUGACUGCCCUAGCUAG